ACCCGGGCGCGUCGGGCGCGUGUGGCGUCCAGCGUCCAGCGUUCAGCGUCAGCGUCCAGCGUCCAGCGUCCAGUCUCAGUUCAGACGAGCGGUCCUAGCGGUCCCAGAACACAGAUGAUUCCUUCGGCAGCCCCCAUCUGCAAUCAUUAGUUUCCAGCAAAAGCAACAAGGAGACUUUCUCAACUAACUGCCCAUCGUCAUGGCGCCGCCUUUACCGCCAAAGAUGACCAAACGCCCAGCUUCUGACGGCAAGGACCGAUCCAUCUCUCCACCCCCACUCAAGCGCAAAGCUCAGAGCGCCAUCUCCAAGAGUGCCGUGGCGAAUUUCUUCACACCAACGUCCCAAAAGCCCAAAGACCGUACCACCUGGAUCGAGAGAAGCUCCGACGAAGACACGCCCGCCACGUUGUUGGUUGGCAAAUAUAUCCCAGAGAGCGGGCAGAGCGGCGCCAGUCUUCCGGCUGCAAAGAGGCGGAAAAUAGCAGCUUUUGAUCUUGACUCGACUUUGAUCACGAGCGCUUCUGGCAAGCGGCACGCCGGCGAUGCGGGAGAUUGGAAGUGGUGGCACCAUUCCGUGUCAGGACGAUUAAGGCAGCUAUACAAUGAUGAAGAGUACCAGGUCGUCGUAUUCACGAACCAAGGCGGCUUAACUCUCCAUCCCGAUCCCAAAGCGAAAGAGCCCAAGAGUCACCAAGCGCGAGUUCCGGCGUUCAAGCAGAAAUGCAAUGCUGUUCUCAUGCAGCUGGACCUCCCCGCCACCGUAUAUGCCGCGACUGGAAAGGACAUCUUCCGCAAGCCGCGGCCGGGCAUGUGGGCGGAAAUGAAGAAGGAUUAUGACUUGACCGAGUCGGAGAUAGACUGGGAAAACAGCAUAUUUGUUGGCGACGCCGGCGGUCGCACUGCCGAGCUGCAGGGGGGUACUGCCACCUCUAAAGAUUUUAGUUGUGCGGACCGGAACUUUGCGCACAACGUAGGCAUCAAGUACCAAACCCCCGAGGAGUUCUUCCUCGGCGAGGCCCCGCGCCCUUUUGCGAGAGACUUUGAUCCAGCAAACUUUGAGUAUUCCGAGGACGACAAACUCGAAGUCCGAUUCGAGAAAAAGAAUGAGAAGGAUAUCAUUCUGUUUGUCGGGCCGCCUGGUGCUGGCAAGAGCACCUUCUACUGGAAACAGCUCGAGCCCUUGGGCUACGAGCGGGUUAACCAGGACAUUCUGAAGAGUAGGGACAAGUGCCUCAAAGCGGCGGCGGAUUCGCUCAAGGAUGGUGAAUCGGUUGUUAUUGAUAGCACCAACCCAGACCCCGACACUCGCGCCCAGUGGGUCGAGCUGGCCAUUAAGAUGAGGGUGCCUAUCCGAUGCAUCUGGUUCAGGACUCCUCUCCAGGUGUGCGAACAUAAUGAUGCAGUCCGCCAUCUCAACAAGGAGCUAAAUCCCGAAUCUCGCCAGUCUCUUCCGAGACUUGCCUUCAAUGGCUUCGCGUCUCGGUUCAAGGAACCCAAACCCAAGGAGGGGUUUCAAGAUAUCUUCGAGGUGCCAUUCAAGUUCAGAGGGGCGAAGCAGGAAUACGAUAUUUGGGCACGCCAUUGGCUCUGACUUUUGAUCUUGAUUCGUUUUAGCGAGCGUCAUUCAUGAUAGCCACGAAACCCUUCGCAGUUCUCGCUUGGCAGUUGAGAACAGGUUCUUUUUUCAAGCUAGUUCUUCCCCAAUCGUAUUCCGCGCUCUAUUUCGUGAAAAUUUAUCCUUAAUGGAGUAAUUGCAUAGAGGCCACAUGCUGAAGAUAUAUCUCCAUUUCAUCUUGGCUGUUCUAUCACGAACGCACUGACACGAACGCACUGACAACUAAGUAAAACUUGGAUGGAAAACUUCCAAGUGAAUUCAUCUGUUCUUAUUUC